UCGCCUGGUCAACAACAGCGGAGCAAGAGGGACAGAAGGAGAGAGUAUCGCGACGAAUCCCGGUGGAUCCCGAAAAACCGUUACCCAAAGUUCCAAAGUUCCGUGAAUCCCAGUUAUUCGGCAACUUGGUAUCCCCAAAAAAACCUAGACAUGUGCCUUUCAUCACCCAUCCCCGGGCAGACUCAGCCGCAGGCUGUUGGCCACUGCAAUGGAUCCUGCUCCUUGGACAGAAAUGGGAACCGGAGCACCACCAGCGCCGCCACCAGCGAAGGAGAACUUAAGCACAGAGGCAAGCAUACCACCACCACAGAUCUGGACGAUGACAAUUUAGGCUACAAGGAGGAGAAUGCUGUCUACAAGGAGAGUGCUAUAGAGAAGGCCAAGUUGCAGCAGGAAGAGGAGCAAAAGUUGAAAAAGGAUGAGGAGGAGGAAGAGGAGUACCGGCCACAGAUCAGAUGGCCAGAUUUGGGAGCUCAAACUUUCCUCCAUGUCGGCGCUCUCUACGGCGUGUACCUGCUGUUCUACGCAAAAUUCUACACAUUCCUUUGGGUUGUGGUCACCGUUUGGGUUUCCGGAAUUGGGAUUACGGCAGGAGCCCAUCGUCUCUGGUCGCAUAAAUCAUACACGGCUUCGCUGCCUCUGAGGAUUCUGCUAGCUUUCGCCUUCUCCAUUGCUGGUCAGAGAGAUGCCUACACCUGGGCCCUGGACCAUAGGAUACACCACAAGUUCGCAGAGACGGAUGCCGAUCCGCACAAUGCCAAGCGAGGCUUUUUCUUUGCCCAUGUGGGCUGGCUUUUCCUCACGCCCCAUCCCAAGGUGGUGGCCAAGCGCAAGGUCAUUGACAUGUCAGACUUGGAGGCGGAUGCUGUGUGCAUGUUCCAGCGCAAAUACUACAUCCCUCUGUUUGCUCUCUGUUCCAUCAUUUUGCCGGUGGCUGUGCCCUGGUACUUCUGGAACGAGGAUCUAUACAUGUCCUUCUGGAUUAACUUUAACAUGCGCUUUACCUGGACCCUCAAUGUGGCCUUCUUUGUGAACAGCGUAGCGCAUAUGUAUGGCAACAAGCCCUACGACAAGAACAUCAUGUCCGUUGAGGCCCCCAUUGUCUCCCUGCUGGCCAUGGGAGAGGGAUGGCAUAACUACCACCACGUCUUCCCCUGGGACUACAAGACGGGUGAAUUUGGCAACUAUAGCCUCAAUAUCACCACCGGUUUCAUUGACUUUUGUGCCUGGCUGGGCCUGGCCAAAGGAAGGAAAUCGGUAUCCCAGGACAUGGUCUUAAGGCGAGCUGAAAAAUGCGGCGAUGGCACUCGCUUCCUGAGCGACGAUUUUGCGCACAAAGACUCAGUGUGGGGCUUUGGAGACAAGGACAUUCCCUGCGAGGACCUCGUGGAACUGGCCAAAAUGCAAAACUAAGCCAGCGCAUUAGCCUGUGGUUUCAUAGUAUUAAGUUUUGUAGCAGCACCAAGUCGCCAAGCCAUGCAUGCCUUAUAACCAUCCCAUAAGCCCAUAUAACUCCAUCCCCCAUCCCGGGAUCAAUAGGAUCCUUGUAUUGUAAGCCGAAAAAAAGGGAGUCCCAAGUACCGAAUGGAUAUAUAGAAACUGGGGGAAUUGAUUCAUUUACCUAAGCCAGAGUUUAUUAGAUUAAUUCCAUUCGGUAUUCCGUUUGAUACCCCUCGUUUUCGGUGCUGGGACGCUGGUCCCGUCUUUGUUGCUUUCGUUAAUUACCCGCGGGUCAAUAAACUAUGUUUUAUAUUAA